CUCAAACCCUUGUUCAUAAACACACAGAAUAGCGGGCAGUUCUAGGUGAAUGCGAUUAUAGGUAUAUCAAUUGCUUACACUUGCAUCUACGGAGGAACAAAUUUCAUGUAAUUCUUUGAAUACAUUCCGAAACUGAAUUUUGCAUCAGAUGAUAGUUACUCUGUUUCUGCGUGUUCAAAUUAGUAAUUUUAGGUUAGUUUUUGAAUUUUUACGAGUAAUAUCUUUUUUUUUUCUGUGUAGAUGGGUAGAAGGAAACAAAUUCGGCCUCAUAGGACGGGAGAAAUAUUAGAGAAGCAGUCAUCUGAAUCAGAGUUAAACAAAGAUAACGAUGCACAACCUAGAAAAGACGAGAUUGCCGAGGAACCAUUUUUUGUUGGAAUCGAAAAGUCUAACUGGGUUUCUGAGGAACAUUAUGAUGUCUCCGAAAUUCUAUUGUUGAAUUUGAGGGUGAGCUCGGAGUUUUAUGGAUAUAAGCUGACUGAUGAGUUCUAUGGGGAUUCAAGUUUCUUCUUGAGGUUUAGCUUGAGUAAUGUGAAUGAGCAUCUCGGUCGUAUCAAAUUAGGGCAUUGGCCGGUUUUGUCAGAGGGUAAUACGUGUUUGCAGUUUAUGAUGAAAUGCACGGUCGAUGGAUCUGAGAGGGAUGUUGUCAUGGUCUCUGGAAAUGUUGAUGGGACAGACGAAGGAGUUACAGGUCUUGUUCAUUUGGCUAGUUUGAAGUACUUGACUGUUAGGCCAAUUUUAGGAGACGAGUUUUUGGAGGGCAUGUCAUCCAUUUCUGUCCGGGUUGAGAUUCUGAAAAGUGCGUUUGAUGAGUGUGAGUCCCUUCUCGAUAAUACGAGGCCGCUCUGGAAGAAAAGUAUGAUGAGUGUUAUGGCAUGGCUUCGGCCAGAAGUUUUGACUUCGGAAGCUAGAUAUGGAUAUAAUGCUGGGGAACAUAAGGAUGGUGAUUUCUCUGCAUCAAGAAAACAAGUGAGAUUUGAAGUUUCCAGCUUUUAUGAAGCUAUCAAGCCAUCAAAGGGGGCACCAAUGCUGGAGGAUGAUGUCCUGGCCAACUUGCUUCCUGAACUAAGACCAUAUCAGCGUCGUGCUGUUUACUGGAUGGUAAAACGAGAGGAAGGUGAUUCUGAAAAUUUAGAUGGAAAUCAAAGAAAUCAGAUUGUCUCUCCUCUAUGCAUGCCUCUAAAUUUAAUCGACACCUCUAGAAGAAUUUAUUAUAACCCUUUUAGUGGAAAUGUUUCAUUGCAUGCUAGUUGCUGCUCAUCAUAUGUCUCCGGUGGAAUUCUUGCUGAUGAAAUGGGCUUGGGGAAAACUAUAGAGCUGCUCUCUUGUAUUUUCACUCACCGUAUGCCAUCAUCUGAAGUUGCCGGUGGUUCUUAUAUGGCAAUACAAGCCAAAAGAUUCCAAAAGAAUAAUCUCAAAAGAUUGAAAAGGGAGCGGGUUGAGUGCUUAUGUGGUGCUGUCAAUGAAAGUUACAAAUAUGAAGGUAUGUGGGUGCAGUGUGACUUUUGUGAUGCUUGGCAGCAUGCAGAUUGCGUUGGGUAUUCAGUGAAAGGAAAGAUUUCAAAAUCUGGGGAAGCCACUGGAGGACAAAAAUACGAGGAGGGCUCAACUGGAAACUCAAGGAAUUGUAGAAAGAGAAAGAACGACACUGAAGUAGUUGAGAUGGUUGGUGAGUAUAUAUGUCAUACGUGCUCAGAGCUAAUCCAGGCCACAGAAUCUCCAGUUGCUUCAGGUGCAACUCUUGUUGUUUGCCCAACUCCCAUAUUGCUCCAGUGGCAUUCUGAAAUUCUUCGUCAUACAAAACCUGGCUCUUUGAGAAUAUGUAUUUAUGGAGGAGUUAGACAUUCUUCCUUCUCCAAUGAACCUCUUCCUGAUAUCGAUGAACUUCUAAGUGCUGAUGUUGUCUUGACAACUUACGACGUGCUUAAAGAGGAUUUGCCACAUGAUUCUGACAGACAUGAAGGUGAUCGGCGCUUUAUGAGAUACAUGAAGAGAUACCCAGUUGUUCCAACUCUUCUAACCAGAGUAUUAUGGUGGAGAAUAUGUUUGGAUGAAGCUCAAAUGGUGGAGGGUAGUGCUGCAGCAGCAACAGAAUUGGCAUUGCGUCUACAUGCAAAACAUCGUUGGUGCAUAACAGGAACUCCCAUCCAACGAAAACUUGACGACCUAUAUGGACUUCUCAGGUUUCUCCAGUCAAGCCCAUUUGAUGUUCUUCGUUGGUGGACUGAUGUUAUUUCUAAUCCAUAUGAGAGGGGGGAUGCAGGUGCUAGGGCUUUCACGCACAACUAUUUCAAACAACUUAUGUGGCGCUCCUCAAAGGCACAUGUUUGGGAUGAGUUGCAACUUCCUCCUCAGGAGGAACGUGUCUCUUGGCUCUCCCUCUCACCAAUUGAAGAGCAUUUCUACCAGAGGCAACAUGAAACUUGUGUGGAUGAUGCUCGAGAAGUUGUUGAAAGCUUUAAGGAUGAUGUUAGAAAGAACAAAACAUCAGAUUCCGGGUCAUAUGAUACUUCAUCUGAAACUUAUAUCACCAAUAUGGAUGCUGCAAAGCUGUUCAACUCGCUUCUAAAGCUACGUCAAGCCUGCUGCCAUCCUCAAGUAGGAAGUUCUGGUUUACGUUCUCUGCAGAAGUCUCCCAUGACCAUGGAUGAGAUACUAUCGGUUCUUAUAGGCAAGACAAAAAUAGAAGGCGAGGACGCCCUCAGGAAAUUAGUUGUUGCAUUGAAUGGACUUGCGGGUAUAGCUAUACUCAAGCAAGAUUUUCCUGAAGCUGUAUUGUUGUAUAAAGAGGCACUGGAUUUAGUUAAAGAACAAUCCGAUGAUUUCCGCUUGGAUCCUCUGUUGAACAUCCACAUUCAUCAUAAUCUUGCUGAAGUGUUGCCGUUUACUGAGAAGAUCUUUCAACAUCCCAAUCCAAACAUAAUUUCUCAUAAUUCACUUAAUUCUCCAUCGAGCUUGGCGAGAAAUGGUGAAAUUAUUAAUGACAUUCAGCCGCAUAUAUCAACGUAUGUUCAGCGCUUGCGAGAAGUGUGCGAAGAUGUAAAGCAGAAGUUCUUGUCUAUAUUUACUUCAAAGUUAUGUUUGGCUCAACAAGAGUUCAGGAGAUCAUAUGAACAGGUCUGUGGGGCGUUUACAGAAAGGAAAAAUCAGGAUACAACAUGGUGGUUGGAUGCCCUAUAUCACUUUGAGCAAAACCAGGAUUCGUCCAGCUCUCUGAUCCAAAAAAUAGGAGAAGCUCUUUCUGGGAAUUUGAAUAAGAAAUCAAGAAUCUCGGCAUGCUUCCGCAGCAUAACAACUCUAAAAUACUACAUUCAAACUGGAUUGGAUGCUUUGGAAGGGUCAAGAAAAACUUUACUUGAUAGACUCGUGGAGAUUGACCAAACAAUGGAAAAUCCUAGAGAGGAGGAUAUUUCAAGGGUGAGAUACUGUAAAAAGUGCAUGGCCAACUGUGAUGGUCCUGCAUGUACCCAUUGUGAGUUGGAUGAAAUAUUUCAGGUUUACGAAGCAAGGCUCUUUCGCCUUAACAAAAACAAUAACGGAGAGGUGAUCACAUCUGCAGAAGAAGCAGUGAAUAUGCAAAAGAAGAAGUCUGCUCUGAAUCAGUUUUAUUCGAAUUUGUCUCGAGAUGACAAAAGUUCAGCUUUGUCUGCUUCUGACUAUGAAAAUAAUGGAAAGAAGAGGAAUGUGGGCGAAACUGUGACGGUCUCAAAGUCACCAUCUGAUUUGGAGAUUGUGCUGACAAUAAUCAGAAACAACUCCAGGGGAUUCUUAGAAAGAGACAGAAUUUCGACAGCCAGAAACCAGCUUGAUCUUCUUGAAGCAAUGCGCAAGGAGUAUGCCCUAGCAAGGUCUUUGGCGAUCUCUCAGGCACAGGUGUUGCGUGCUCAUGAUGAAAUUAAGAUGGCAACCUCAAGGUUACGCGUUAGAGAAAAUGAGGAUGAUAAGUCUAUUGAUGCUUUAAGUCUAGACGAGUUGGAUGCAGCUAGUGUUGAAAAUUCUAGUGAAAAGUUUAUAGCACAGGAUUCAUUGUCAAGGAUAAAAGGACAACUUCGUUAUUUAAAGGGUUUGGUACAAUCUAAUCAAAACAUGAAAUCAGAAAGCACUAGUGCUUCUACUGUAGCCAAAGCGGAGGUGCUUUCAGCAAAUGGAUGCAUACCUAAAACAGUUGCAGAAUCAUGCCCAGUUUGUCAAGAGCAUCUCGGUAGUCAGAAAAUGGUCUUUCAAUGUGGACAUGUCACAUGCUGUAAAUGUUUACUUGCAAUGACCGAGAGAAGGCUGAUUCAACCUAGAAAAUUUGAUAGGAUGAUGUGCCCAACAUGCCGGCAACCCACUGGUUUUGGAAAUAUUGCGCUUGCUGAUGACAGACAAAAUGAAUCAUGCUGCACUUACGACAAAUCCGAAGCUUCUAUUACUGUCCAAGGUUCAUACAGUACAAAGAUUGAAGCAGUGACGAGGAGAAUUUUAGAGAUUAAUUCUGCGGAUCCCAAGGCAAAAACUCUUGUUUUCUCCAGUUGGAACGACGUCCUUGAUGUUUUACAACACGCCUUCACUGCCAAUAGCAUAAGCUACGUCAGGAUGAAAGGAGGAAGGAAAUCACAAAUAGCCAUCAGCCAAUUCAGGGGACGGAAGAGCAAUAAUGCCAAUGAAAACGAUAAAAACCCCGAAGAAGAAGAUAAAGUGGCAACCGAAACUCCACAAGUACUACUGCUAUUAAUUCAACACGGAGCCAAUGGUUUAAAUCUCUUGGAAGCUCAGCAUGUCAUUCUAGUGGAGCCACUUCUGAAUCCAGCAGCUGAAGCACAAGCGGUUGGCAGGGUUCACCGAAUUGGACAGGAGCAUAAAACACUAGUCCACCGUUUUAUCGUGAAAGACACUGUGGAGGAAAGCAUAUAUAAAAUGAACAAGAGUAGGAAUACGGAUUCGAAUUCGUUCAUCAGUGGGAACAGAAAGAAUCUGGACCAGCCAUGUUUGACUCUCAGGGAUGUGGAGUCCUUAUUCAGAGUAGCGCCGCCGCCUGCAGAAGAAGAUAAGACGCCGCCGCCGCCGUCUAGUGGAAGCUUGAGGGAUCUGCCACCUUCUGUAGCUGCAGCUAUUGCUGCUGAAAGAAGAUUAAUGGACAUGUCUGAAUAAUUGACUAGGAAAACAUUGGCUUACACAGGUCUUUUUAUUACCAAAAUAAUUUUAGGAUCUUGGUUCAUUAAGCUCCUAAAACAAGCUUACGUGGCAUCAUCCUCACCCUAUUAACUAGUUAAAGCUCAAUUCAGCUUCUAUAUUCUUAUUUUUAUAGGUCAUAUGCUUCAUGUAUUCUUCAUUCUUUGGUUAUAUUCGUAUUUGUUUCAACUUUCAUGUGUAAGCUAGUUCGAUAAAUUUUAUCUAAUCUAUAUUACAAUAUA